AUGUCUUCUCAAAGCCAUCGUAGUACUUUGUCACUGAAAGACAUACUAGACAAUGGAUUUCUGAUCAGUGCUUCCAGCUGUAGCCACUCUCCAAGUAGCAGCUUAUUUCUGGACAUGAAUAGUGUUCCGAAAUCAGAAUUAUGGGACAGUACAAACUAUAUUCAUAAUAUAAGUAAAGGGAAUACUCUAACUAUCAAGGUAACAGAAUCCUCUUUGGGUAGUGUGAAGGGAGACCUGCAAACUUCAUGUGACAGUGGGACAUCUUUUUGCAAAACUCCAUUCCAACCAUCUGCCUUUGACUUGUCAAACUUUUCUGCUAAUAACAGCAAAGCAAAUCCCAUAGUGAACACAUUCCAUGAUACUAAGUCAUCUACACCAUGCAAAGAAGACAAGGCCUCUGUACUAACUGAAAACAUGAUAUUAAAAAAUUCUGAAAUGAGUGAUUUUGUGGUCUUCAAGAAACCACUGCCCCCACCAAUAUGGGAGAUCUCUGGAAUACAAGCCACUUUGGACAACACUCUGUCUCUUGAAGCAAGCUUAGAAGAUACUGGCUCCCUGGGUUGCAUGAAAACUGAUACUCCUUCUCUGGAGGUGUCACAUUUUGCUAUGCCACCUGAUCCAUCAAUGAAGCCAACUGAUGCUUCUCUUGCCAUUCUUUCUGCUGACAACUGA